GUAUGUUCAGGGAGGAGGUAGUCCAGAAUCCAGCAGUAGUUCUUGUAAUUCAUCAGCAGUAGUUCUUGUAAUUCAUCAGCAGUAGUUCUAGCAAUUCAUCAGCAGUAGUUCUAGCAAUUCACCAGCAGCAGCAUUUCUUCCGCCGGCGGUUGUCCAUACAUAAUGUCCAUCCGUCUAGCAUCUCCUCAACAUUCUUUUCUUUCAUCACUCGGUCAAUCCAAUCCGAUCCAAUCCAAUCCAGUCCUGUCCUCUCUCCUCUCCUCGUCCUCGCUCCUCGACGAUGCCUCCACCAUCGGACGACAUGGCGCAGCGCCGCCAACGGCUCAUUCAGUCCAUCCAAGUCCGACAAACUCAACGAGAUGAGGUGCUGCGCAAAGUAGCCGCGGCGAUGCAGGCGCGGGAGACGAUUGUCAUGAAGCAGCGGAAGUGUGAGGAGAGCAUGAGUCGGUAUCCAAGAGCUCAACGUGACAACAACGAUUUGAACCAUCUCAUCACCACCUUCACCACUCCACCACCACCACCUCCGCCUCCGCCUCCUCCGCCAUCAUCUCCUCCUCUCCCGGGUCCCAUCGACGACCAAUCCAGCGACUCCGGCGCCACCGAGACCGACGGGCACGACGAAUUCAGCGACUCCGGCGCCACUGAGACCGACGGGCACGACGAAUUCAACGCUCCCCCUUCCCACACAGACCCCGCCGACGCCUUCUCCGAAGUCUCCACGACCGACCUCCACCAAGACCUCGCCGCGCGUGUCCUCUCCGCGAUUUCCUUCCUGGAGCACAAACUCGUCGCCGUGACCGCCGCCGCGCAGGCCGUAUCAGAAUCUCUCGGCUCAUGCCACGACUACUUCCAGCAGUACUCGCGGAUGGGACGGCAGGGAGUGCUUCCUCACUUCCGUCAUCGGCGGCAGGAGGAGGAGGAGGAUGAGGAGAGGAUUGUGCCGAUUCCAGCGUGGUCUCGAGGCUGUGUUGGAACGGCGAUGUGGCGAUGGUGGAUGUCAACAGUGAUGUGCCUUGCAAGCAUUCAGCGUAAACCAGCUCCCGGUCCAGACGAUACCAUCGACGCCAAAGCUUCCGAGCGAUACCAACACCGCCAUGUCCAUCCUCCACGCUCUUCUCUUCCCCGCUCAAACCAGCCCAGCGUCCUCGCAGACUCGCACCAAUUCCGGGGCGCGCGAGAAGAAGCAGAAACCAUUAAAGAUCAUCUCCUCGCCUCCACGCUUCACGACGACUUUGGCGUCGAAAUCCAUCAACCGCCGGAACCCAUCCUCACCCCAUCUCCCAAAUGCUCCUACCCGAGCGACGACUAUGGCAAGAACAGAGACCACUCGCCAAUCUCCCACCCGUGA